GGCCGCUUCCUCAUGACAUCACAUGGUUGCAGAAUGACUUGUUGAGCAGUCGUCUCUGAGACAGGACUUCUUAAAUGCAGAACCCGGUCAAAGCCUUGUUGAUAUGAAGAUUAGAGAGAACUGCGCCAACAACUCAUAGAAGUUUGGAGCGCAUUCACAACUUGUCUCAUCAUUCUGGUGCUGCUUUCCACCUCCACGGUCAUGGUGACUGUAAAGGCCUCAGGGGGUUGUAUAGAAAACCAGUGAAGAGGAUUUUUUAUAUUUUUUUUUCACCACUGCCACUGAUGUACACGCCACCUAACACUGCCACACACACCGUGUAGCUGAAGGGUGGCUGGCAUGGCGGAGGAAGAAGGCAGGGUGAACGGCUGUGGACGGAGGGGAUCGGAGUGGGGUCACGUCGCCCUGCUGGAUAAGACCAAGGAGUUCUUUCAGACGUGCGACGUGGAGGGGAAAGGCUUCAUCACCCGCACUGAUAUGAGGAGGCUUCACAGAGAGCUGCCUCUUUCUGCUGGGGAGCUUGAAGAUGUCUUUGAGUCUCUGGAUACAGACCGUGCUGGUUACCUCACGCUGGAGGCGUUUUCCUCCAGAUUCAGUCAGUUCCUUCAUGGUCGCAGAAUCUCUGUCGCUGCGGACCAAACGCCGUCCCAGGGGCCGGUCUGGAAGGGUAAGGAAGCUCUCUAUCAGAGUCAGUGGGACGCCAGGCUGUCAGGGGACGAGGACGAAGAGGAGAGGCACUUCUGCAUGCUGCUGGAAAGUCUUGGAGCAAGUAACGUGUUUGAGGAUCCAGGAGAGGUGCGCAGCCUUUGGGCCCAGCUCAGGCGAGACGAGCCUCACCUUCUGUCAAACUUUGAGGAAUUUCUGGCCAGGGUAACCUUCCAGAUCAAAGAGGCCCACCAGGAAAAAAGGGAGAUGGAAAGCGCCCUGCAGAGGAAGGCAGCGACGCAUGACAGCGAGAUCCGGCACCUGUACGAAGAGAUGGAGGCGCAGAUCAAGAAUGAAAAAGACAGACUUCUGCUGCGGGACUCUGAGCGCCUUCAGGUGCGCAGCCAGGAGCUGGAGCACCAGCUGUUUUCCAAGGAGAACGAGCUGGAACAGCUCUUCCAGAAACAGAAGCAAUUAGAGCUCCAGUGCUGUGAGCUGAGCAGCGAGAGGCAGGAGAGCCACGUGGAGAACGUGAAGCUGAAAAUGACCAACGAGGAGCUGUCCAGAGCGCUGGAGAACACCAGCCAGGAGCUUUCUCUGGCCCAGGAGCAGCUGGCCAGGCUGCAGGAACAGGCCGCCAGGCUGCAGCAGGAGAAAGAGAUGGAAAUGUACAGAAUAACCGAAGGCCUUCAGAGGGAGAAGCAAUGCCUCAUGAAGCAGCUCGAUCUCCUCAGGGAGAUGAACAAACACCUAAAGGACGAGCGAGACAUAUGCUGCAGUGUACCGCCAGCCUCAGUCAGAAAGACGCAGAAGCAGAGGGCGGACGUGGCAGACUUGUUCGACCACACCAGCCAACAGACAAGAAGUGAAGACGACGCCCCCAGAGCUUCUGCCACCACCGCUGCAUGUAAGCAGCGGCCUGCAGGGAAGACCACCUCGGCCUUAGCCAAUGGGAGUGUCAGCCCAGCUCAAGCUAAAGUACAGGACGUGAGGCCAAGGCCCAGGAGGGCCUCCGCCAAAAACGCUGCGACCAAGAAGGUGACGGUGAAAAGCGGCGGGAGAUCAAAGAGAGGGGGGUCUGAGAGGAAGACGGGGGUAGGGGAGGAGGUGCUUGAAGCGUCACCCGACAGCUGGCCCCUUCGCAGGGUCAUCUCGAUUGAGGAAGACCACCUGCCUCACCUGCUUCAAGGUGGUCCCCAACCAUUACUGCACCAGCUCAGCGAGGAAGAAGAGGAGGAUGAAGAGGAAGCGCACAGUGACGCUGAGUCGAGUGCUGCCACAGGUACGGAUCUCAUUGCCACGCUUCACUCAAGACCCAUUGCCACUGUUUCUACUGAAGCUCCCGCAAAGGAAUCCCGCUUUACGCGAGUAAAGGAGAAUCCAGGGGCUCCGAGAUGCCGGCCUGUUGGGAAGGAGGCCCAACUAAAAACAAAAGAGAGAGCCGUGUUUGCCCCCGACCGCCUGUUUAAGGUCGUCCUGGUUGGAAACUCCAAUGUGGGCAAGACGUCCCUGCUGCGCUCCUUCUGCGAGGGCCGCUUCCACCCGUCCACAACUGCUACCGUGGGUAUUGACUACAGUGUGAAGACAUUAACACUGGAAAAUAUGCAAAUAGCAAUGCAGCUUUGGGAUACUGCAGGUCAGGAAAGGUACAGCAGCAUAACCAAGCAGUUCUUUCGCAAGGCUGAUGGCGUGGUUUUGAUGUACGACGUCACAGUGGAGGAGAGCUUCAAAGCUGUCAAACCCUGGCUCCUCAACGUCCAGGAAGUAGCAGGUGAAGGGAUACCCAUUCUACUGCUUGGCAACAAAAUGGACAUAGCCAGAGGGAGGGAGGUGUCUUUUAAACAGGCAGAGCAACUAGCUUUUGAAAAUAAGGUGAUGUUCUUUGAGGUCAGUGCGUACACCGGCAAAAAUGUAACAGAGUCCCUGACUCACCUGGCCAGAGUUUUAAUGGAGCAGGAGGACACGGUAAGAGACACAACAGUCAACCUGAGUGCUCAGCCCAUUAAAAAGAAAGCCUGCUGCAAGUGAAGACACCCAGCCUCGCAAAAACAAGGAAAGACUGAAUUUCUGACAACUGCAAUUUACAGGAUCCUACAUCAGUUCCUGACAGUUCCACAAAAGCCCGGGAAAAAGUAAAUUAGAUGUCGAACUGGCGUGGAAACCUCGCUUUAAAAAGGUUUCUUCCAAAAAAAAAGGUGUUUUUUAUUUCAGUAAAGAAA